AUGUCCACCCACCCAACAUGGACACAUCAAGAAGAAGCUACCCCCGAGGGGGCAGUCAUCACGUCGUGCGCGUGGGACGAUGCCGAGAAGGGCAUCUACGAUAGCACCCCGACCUUGCCCGUGCUUUCACCGCCAUCUCCGGCCUAUGUGGAUGAGAAGAAGGUUUCUUCUGCCGAUACUGCCAUAAUCCCGGCACCACGGGUGCCCCCAGCAGCGGCCAAAAAACCUCCAAAGCCGAAGGUCAGCAGAUGGAUCCGCUUCCAGCUUUGGUUCAACACGUACCGCAAGUUCUUCACAUUUGUCACCCUACUCAACUUGACGGGCAUCAUUCUCACCGCUCUUGGUCGGUUCCCGUACGCCGAGAACCAUCUCGGUGCACUGGUUCUCGGCAAUCUCCUCUGCGCCGUUCUGAUGCGGAAUGAACUGUUUCUCAGAAUCCUGUACAUGAUUUCCAUCUACGGCCUGCGCAGCUGGGCUCCGGUAUGGCUCAAGUUGGCCGUGACUUCCAUUCUGCAGCACGUCGGAGGCAUUCAUUCAGGGUGUGCUCUCUCGGGAGCGGCCUGGCUCGUCUUCAAGAUCGUCGAUAUUAUCAGGUAUCGCUCUGUUCAACACAGCUCAGUGAUUGCUACCGGUAUCAUUACCAAUGUUGCUGUUUUCAUCUCAGUCCUGAGCGCCUUCCCAUGGGUUCGCAACAACCACCACAACACUUUCGAGAGACACCACCGCUUUAUUGGAUGGCUGGGUCUUGCGGCCACGUGGGUGUUCGUGGUUCUUGGAAAUUCGUACGACAUCAAGCGAGGGGAAUGGAGAGCGGAUGCAAACUCUCUGCUCAGCACGCAAGAGCUCUGGUUCGCUGUCUUCAUGACCAUCUUUAUUCUCAUCCCCUGGGUUACUCUUCGAGAGGUGCCUGUGGAGGUUGAGAUUCCGUCGCCCAAAGUCGCCAUCCUCAAGUUUCAGCGUGGGAUGCAGCAAGGGCUGCUCGGGAGGAUCAGCCGAACGUCCAUCAUGGAGUACCAUGCCUUUGGCAUCAUCAGUGAGGGCCGAAAAUCCGGCUGCCACUACAUGAUUUGCGGCGUUCAGGGCGAUUUCACCAAGGAUCUCGUCGCUAACCCGCCAAGGACGGUGUGGACCCGAGAGCUCAAGUUCGCUGGUGUUGGGCACGCGUCCGCCAUGUUCAAGCGAGGAAUUCGCAUCUGCACGGGAACCGGUAUCGGGGCGGCGCUGUCUACCUGCAUCCAAAGUGAGAAUUGGUUCCUCAUUUGGAUCGGCUCCGACCAAGAAAAGACGUUCGGUCCGACGAUCACAGGCCUCAUCUACAACAAUAUCCCACCCGAGCGCAUGAUCCUGUGGGACUCCAAGAAGCGAGGAGGGCGGCCGGACACGGUGAAGCUCCUCAAGGAGACGUGGGACAGCUUCGGGGCCGAGGUCAUCUUCAUCACGUCCAACAAGCAGGGCAACGACGAGAUGAUGCAAGGUUGCCGCGCAGCCGGAUUGCACGCGUUUGGCACUCUGUGGGACUUUUAA